AUGGCUCAGAUUCAGGUGCAGCAUCAGAGUCCGGUGGCGCUAGCAAAUGGAGUUCAGGCGCCGGGUGCUGUUGGCCUCUCUGCUCCCCCGGCCGCCGCCGGGGCUGGAAACCAGUUAUCGACCACGUCUCUGUACGUUGGGGACCUGGACCCUACCGUCACUGACUCGCAGCUCUACGAUCUGUUUAACCAGGUGGGCCAGGUGGUGUCGGUUAGGGUCUGUCGUGACAUCAGCACUCGCCGAUCUCUUGGCUACGGCUACGUCAACUAUAGCAGUCCUCAGGAUGCUGCAAGAGCAAUGGAAGUACUGAACUUCACUCCUGUCAAUAGCAAGUCUAUUAGGAUAAUGCAUUCUCACCGUGACCCUAGCCUGCGCAAGAGUGGAACUGCAAAUAUAUUUAUUAAGAACUUGGACAAGUCAAUUGACAACAAGGCCUUACAUGACACAUUUUCAAGCUUUGGAAACAUUCUUUCUUGCAAGAUAGCUACUGAUCCUAAUGGUCAGUCUAAGGGUCACGGUUUUGUACAGUUUGACAAUGAAGAAUCGGCUCAAAGUGCCAUUGAUAAGUUAAAUGGUAUGCUCAUUAAUGACAAACAAGUGUAUGUUGGGCCCUUUCUUCGUAAACAGGAAAGAGAUACUGCUACGAAUAAAACCAAGUUCUACAAUGUUUUUGUGAAGAACAUAUCAGAAUCCGUAACAGAUGAGGAUCUGACAAAAACCUUUGGUGAAUUUGGGAAUAUUACUAGUGCUGUAGUGAUGAGGGAAGAUGAUGGAAAGUCAAAAUGUUUUGGGUUUGUCAAUUUUGAGAAUGCAGAUGAUGCUGCCAGAGCUGUCGAUGCUUUGAAUGGGAAGAAAUUUGAUGAUAAAGAAUGGUAUGUUGGGAAAGCCCAAAAGAAAUCUGAAAGGGAACAAGAACUAAAAAAUAAGUUUGAGCAGACUGCAAAGGAAGCAGUGGAUAAAUACCAAGGUUUGAAUUUGUAUGUCAAAAAUUUGGAUGACAGUAUUGAUGAUGACAAGCUCAAGGAGUUGUUCACUGAGUUUGGUACAAUAACAUCAUUCAAGGUUAUGCGGGAUCCUAGUGGAAUUAGCAGAGGGUCUGGAUUUGUUGCCUUCUCAACUUCUGAGGAAGCUUCUAGAGCUCUUUCUGAGAUGAAUGGGAAAAUGAUUGUUAGCAAGCCGCUUUAUGUUGCACUUGCUCAGCGGAAAGAGGAUAGAAGGGCAAAACUGCAGGCUCAGUUCUCAGAGAUGAGACCAGUUGCAAUGACACCAUCACUUGCUCCUCGUAUUCCAAUGUAUCCUCCGGGUGCACCUGGUAUGCCACAACAACUCUUUUAUGGACAAGGUCCACCUGCUAUAAUUCCUCCUCAGGCUGGAUUUGGGUAUCAACAGCAGCUUGUUCCUGGAAUGCGACCUGGAGGGGGUCAUAUGCCAAAUUUCUUUGUGCCGAUGGUGCAGCAGGGACAGCAGGCACCGCGUCCAGGUGGCAGACGUGGAGCAGGACCUGUACAACAAACUCAACAGCCCAUCCCCAUGAUGCAGCAGCAGAUGCUGCCAAGGGGAAGGAUGUAUCGCUAUCCAGGUGGCCGUAAUGUGUCUGAUGGGCCUAUGCCAGGUGUUGGGGGCAUGGUUUCACUUCCAUAUGAUAUGGGUGGCAUGCUUCCUCGAGAUGCUGCGCCUGUUCCAAUUACAGCACUUGCAAGUGCCCUUGCAAAUGCACCACCUGAACAGCAGCGGACGAUGUUGGGUGAGAAUUUGUACCCACUUGUUGAUCAGCUAGAGCAUGAGCAUGCAGCUAAAGUUACAGGCAUGCUUCUUGAGAUGGACCAGACUGAGGUUUUACAUCUGCUUGAGUCACCAGAGGCUUUGAAGGCCAAAGUUGCUGAGGCUCUGGAAGUUCUGAGGAAUGUUCAGGCUAAAAGCCCAUCUGACCAACUUGCUUCACUUUCCCUUAAUGACAACCUUGUUGCUUGAUUAAAAAGCACUAGUUCAAGUGAAUUCAGAUGCUUAUAUCAUGUCAUGUAGGUUUUUGGUAAGCACAUGCUGGGAUCCUUCCUGCGGUUUUUCAUGUGAUUUCCUUUCCUUGACAAAAAUUUUGGGAUUCAUAAAAUUGUUGCCAUUUACGUUUUGAUAAAUUUCUGAACCGUUAAAUGGAUAAUUAUCUUUUAUA